AUGACGAUAAAACCCGCCCCAACAAUCAUCGCUUCGGAUUCAAAUUCUAUAUCACAAACAAGAAGAGCACCGUUUAUCUUUUCCCUUUUAGGUCAUCCCAACCCAAACACAAGUGAAAGAAAAUCAAAACACCAAAACCCCAUGGACUCCCAAGAUCCUUUUACCCAAUCCGAAACCGAAACCUACCUAGCCGGCUUCGUCAUGGCCAACAUCGUCGGCCUAAAGCACUACUCCGGCACAAUAACCGGCCGCGAAAUGGUCGGCCUACUCCGGGAGCCUCUCAAUCCAUACGACUCAAACGCCAUCAAAGUUCUCAACACUCAAUCCCUCCAAGUCGGCUACAUCGAACGCGCCGUCGCCGCCGUUCUCUCGCCGCUCAUCGACGCUUCACUCAUCCACGUUGAAGCCAUCGUGCAAACCAACCCUCGCUCCAAUAAUACCAGUAGAUUUCGUAUCCCUUGUCAGGUUCAUGUUUUCGCUCAUUUCUCCGCUUUUGAUGUUGUCCAUGACGCUUUUUCUGAGUCACCUGUUCAUUUCAUUUCGCAUUCGGAUCCUUCGUUUACUCUGUCCAACGCUGCCGCCGUUAAAGAAACCCGCGCCAACUCCGCCGAAUCCACCACCACAAAAACCACCGGUAAUAAAAACCUUGACCAAAUCUUUAAACUCGUCCGUGAAAACCUAGCUUCCGAAAACAAAAUUCACGAACCGUUAAACCCUCCUACUAACAUAAUCAAAUCAGAGCUUCUCCAACACCAAAAAGAAGCGCUAGGAUGGCUUUCUCACCGCGAAAACUCCGAGGAUUUACCGCAGUUUUGGGAAGAGAAGGAGGGUAGUUUCGUCAAUGUGUUGACGAAUUACCAAACCAACACUAAACCGGAGCCGCUCCGGGGAGGGAUAUUCGCGGACGGUAUGGGAUUAGGGAAGACUUUGACAUUGCUUUCGUUGAUUGCUUAUGAUAAAAUGAAAAUGAAAGGCGGUAAGAAAAGAGGGAGGAGUGUUGUAGAGACAGAUGCUACAUUGAUUGUGUGUCCUCCUUCGGUUAUUUCAACUUGGAUAACUCAAUUGGAAGAGCAUACUAACCGUGGUGCAUUGAAGGUUUAUAUGUAUUAUGGGGAUAGAAGGACGCAAGAUGCGGAUGAAUUGCGAAAAUAUGAUGUUGUCUUGACUACUUAUAAUACUUUGGGAGCUGAAUUGCGGUGGCCGGAUACCGCGGUAAAGAAAUUGGGGUGGAGGAGAAUUGUCUUGGAUGAAGCGCAUAUGAUUAAGAAUGUUAAUGCUGGACAGAGUCAGGCUGUUAUUGCUUUGAAUGCAAAGAGGAGAUGGGCUGUUACUGGAACACCUAUUCAGAAUGGUUCAUAUGAUUUGUUUUCUCUUAUGGCUUUUUUGCAUUUUGAGCCUUUUUCAAUCAAGAGUUAUUGGCAAAGCUUGGUUCAACGCCCUCUUAAUCAAGGCAAACAAACAGGGCUCAACCGAUUGCAGGUUUUGAUGGCGGCAAUAUCAUUACGAAGAACAAAAGACACUGCAUUGCUGGGGCUUCCACCUAAGAUUGUAGAGACUUGUUAUGUUGAACUUUCAUGUGAAGAGCGUAAACUCUAUGAUGAGGUUAAAGAGGAAAUACGGUCGCUUAUGAACAAUGACAGACUAGUGUAUAGUUAUUCUACUAUACUAAGUAUGAUUCUAAGACUCCGUCAGAUCUGUGCUGAUUUGUCGAUGUGCCCUUCGGAUUUCAAGUCAUGUCUAUUUUCUUCAACUGAAAUUGAAGAUGUUUCGGAGAACCCUGAAUUGCUGCAAACAUUAAUUGGGAUGCUACAAGAUUGUGAAGAUUUUGACUGUCCAAUUUGUUUAUCUCCCCCAUCAGAUGUUGUAAUUACAUGUUGUGCUCAUAUUUUCUGCCGAGAAUGUAUUCUGAAAACUCUACUGCGCAGCAACUCUAGCUGCCCACUUUGUCGGCGCUCCCUUUCAGAAUCUGAACUAUUCUCAGUUCCGUCUCUUAAGACUGAUACUACGGAAUCGUGCAGCACACCAGAUGUGAGGUCAUCCACCAAAGUCUCUACUUUGAUAAAGCUUCUUACAGAAUCAAGGGAUCAAAAUCCAGCUACCAAAUCUGUUGUAUUUUCACAAUUCCGUAAGAUGCUUCCAUUGUUAGAAGAACCUCUGAAAGCUGCCGGCUUUAAAACAUUGCGUCUUGAUGGGGCAAUGAGUGCUAAACAAAGGACUCAAGUUAUUGAACAAUUUCAACUCUCAGAAGUUGAUGACCCAAUGAUUCUCCUUGCAAGUCUAAGGGCUUCAAGUACAGGUAUAAAUCUAACAGCCGCCUCUAGAGUGUACUUAAUGGAGCCGUGGUGGAACCCAGCAGUUGAAGAACAGGCAAUGGACCGUGUCCACCGCAUUGGACAGAAAGAAGAAGUGAAGAUUGUUAGACUGAUAGCUAAAAAUAGCAUAGAAGAGAAAAUAUUAAUGUUGCAAGAGAAGAAGAAAGAAAUAACAAGCCGAGGAUCUGGGAGGAGAUCAAAGGAUGUUGUUGGUAUGGGCAUAGAGGAUCUCCGUUAUGUUUUAGGAGAAUAG